AUGGGGCCUCCAGGUUCGAAAUAUAUCCAACGUGGCAACAAUUCAGGAGGCAACGUGGUGUUUGGCAGUCAGAAAAUCUGUAGUAACCGUGUGAGCAUUGGGUCUGACCGGAGUUCAGACUCCUCCUACAGAACGGUGAUAGAAGCAUUCGGCAGCGAGUGCGACUACGAUGAAGUCCAUCACGAAAUCAAGAAGCCACACGGCCAGACCUGCAGCUGGUCUCAGCACCAACAAGACAUUCGUAGCUGGGCGGACGACAGUUCCAGUUUGAUGUGGCUUGUUGGCGGGCCUGGAAUUGGUAAGACAGUCCUGGCAAAGUAUCUCAUCAAGUCACUUCAACAAGACGGUGACAAGGGCAAGAGAACAAUCUAUUUUUUCUGCGACCGCCAAAAGAGAAAGGAUGGAUCUAAAGCUGUGUUCAUCCUGCGCAGCCUGAUAUACCAAUGUAUGACCAUCGCGGAAUGCCUUGGCAAGAGACACGUCAAGCCCAAGUACGACACGUAUGGUCCGCACUUGCUCAAAAGCAAUGGCGAAUUGGCGAAAUUGUUCUUCGAAAUGAUGUCGGAUCCCGGACAGGGGGAGUGGUAUUGCAUCAUUGACGCGUUGGAUGAUUGCGAGGAUCAAGAAACGAAGACAUUACUCGAGGGAAUCGUUGCCGAAACACAGGGAGCUGGCGGAGAAUAUCCGCGCUUUCUCCGGCUUCUCAUCACAAGCAGACCUUGCGGAGCUGUCAGAUCGGCAAUUCUCAAUCGGAACAAUGUGAGAGUCGUGCACUUUACAGAUCCAACCGGCAAGCAAUUGAAUGAAGCGGACAUUGCAGACUACAUCUCGGACCACGUCCGUCAGUUUGAGCACUACCCAGAAGAGAAGAAACCAAGUGUGGAAAAGCAAUUAAUCGAAAAGGCUGGCGGAAACUUCACCUGGACCAUCUCAAUGAUCCACCAGCUUGGCAACAAAUCCCCUGACUGGUACAACAAGCUGCUGGCAGAGAUGCCUUUGGGCAUGGAAACCAUGGUGGCGAGGAUCGUCCAUCGAGCAAAGCCAGAGAGCCUGUUGUUGAUCCAACUGCUGGCCGUGGUGCAACGCCCAAUGUCAGUCACAGAGUUAGCAACUCUUAUCGCAAUGAAGGGAAGCCCGUUCGAUGAUCUUUUCGCGCUGGUGCGUACUACCUCCGCAAUGUCAUUACGCGACAAGCUUCGGUUCGGCGAGGAGUCCUUGCAAAUUUGUGAUGACGAGAUCCUGUUCUUCCAUCCUUCGAUGCCCGAACAGUUACACAAGAUGUGGACCGAGGACAUAUUCCGAAAGAUGCACCUGAAAGUCGCCGAGGCUUGCCUGAUCUACCUUAUAUCCAUAGAUGACAGCCAUAAGCCUUUACAGGGGCGACGCAAGGUCGACUGUGGCGCCGAAUACCAAACAGUCCUCGGUGCUCUGCCAUUGCUCGAGUAUGCUGCGGCACAUUGGCCGACUCAUCUAUAUUGUGCCGGUCCAGACAGUGCAGACCGGCUGUGGCCACUCCUGGAACAAAGCCUCAGCUGCGAAACCAAAAGAGAGCUUUCAUUCCAAGUGUACCGGUUCUGGCAUCAUGAUGACUACAUUGAAGGUCAGUCGCCCCUUCAUAUUCUGGUGCUUCACAAUCUCAGGUCCGUUGUUCGUCGAUUGUUUGCCGGAGAUCUCCAGCCACUUCCACUGUGGGACGUCAACGCUAGGGAUUCAACGGGUAGACCGCCCCUGUGGUGGGCUGUCACGAAAAGGCACAAGGACAUGGUGAGCCUGUUACUGAACAACAAGAGCGUUAAUUGCAAUAUUCGAGACCACGAUGCGAAGAUCUCCCCGCCCGUUCUGGCCAUAAAGAGGGGAUUCACCGACAUAGUUCGGCUUUUCCUCGAAUCUGAUUCUGCCCGUAUUAGUUGGAGCAGGUUGAAGUCGAAUGGCAGGACAUUUACUGCCUUGUACUGGGCAGCCAUCAGUAAAUUCGAAGACUUGGUUCUACUGCUCCUGACUCGGAAGGAAUUUUCUCAGGAUUUAGAGGAACCCUGCGCUAGUCAAACACCUCUUGUGGCAGCUGCACGGAAUGGUUACAGCGAGAUCGUCAUGGCAUUGUUGAGAGCUGGCGCUCGGCGUAACUCUACAGAUGACGAUGAGCGGCUGAGUGCAUUGUCGUGGGCGGCAAGAAACGGCAAGAGGGAGGUGGUGGAUUGCCUGCUCCGAUACCAGGAUGUCGACAUCUAUCUCAGAGACCCAAAGCUGGACCGGAAUGCGUUCCAGUGGGCCGCAGCACACAGACACGAAGAGAUAGCAUCCAGUAUACUAGCCGAGAUGUACACCAGAUGGGGCAAUCAAGCUCAACAGAGGUGCAUAUCCCUCCUCUUGGAAGCUGCCGAGAGGAGCCAACUGGGGGCCCUAAAUAUUCUGCUACGGCGCGGUGGGCUCACGCCAGACUCGACGCAUCGCCCCGAUGGCAGGACAGCAUUGUCUCUUGCCGCAGAGAAUGGUCAGACCACAGUUGUUCAGCGACUUAUGGGCGAGGAUACCGAAGUCAAUUCAGUCGACACGAAUGGGAAGACACCGCUGAUGUGGGCAGCUGACAAAGGGCAUGUCGAGGUCGUGGAGGUCUUGCUUGAGUCUGCCAGAGUCUAUGUGGACGCGGUAGACUCGAGCAGAAGAACAGCUUAUGACUGGGCGCUUAAGCAAGGACGAUUCGAAGUCUGCAAAUUACUCGCUAGCGUGCAGCGUCCUCUUGAACACAGGCGAGGGCCUCACCGGGCAAGCGGCCCCUCCCAACAACUUCAGGGCUGA